AUGACUGCUCUCCGGAACCCGAAGGGAACAACCAUUGCAUCGAGAAGGGAAAUGGAGAAAAUCAUCUACGACUUCUACUCUGAUCUCGUCGACAGCCAUGUCCACUUGCCUCCUCACCAUCUGAGGGAAGACGGACAUGUCAUUCCAGAGGUUCUCCCGUCCGAAAUACGACAUGCUAUCAUGUCGGUAAGAAAUCGUACGGCACCCGGUCCCGACAGAAUAAGGCCAGAACACCUGAAGAACCUUCCGCCAGUACUCAUUAACACCCUGGCGAAGCUCUUUACACGUUACUUGUCGGAAUGCAAGGUUCCUAAACAGUGGAAGAUCAACAAGACCGUGUUGUUGUAUAAAAAGGGAGAUUCACAUGACAUCGACUACUAUCGUCCAAUCUGCUUACUGUCCGUCAUCUACAAGCUCCUUCCGAGAGUGAUCCUUAAUAGGACUGAGAAAGUGUUGGAUGAAGGACAGCCAUGCGAGCAAGCAGGGUUACGAAAAGGAUUCAGCACGACUGACCACAUUCACACUGGUUCGAAACUCAUCGAAAUAUCACGAGCGUACAAGAUGCUGCUCUGUCUCACCUUCAUCGAUUUGAAGUAG